CAUUGUUGCUUUUGUAAACCAGGAAAAAUGCGUAUAGCCACGUUAAAAUCUUGCAAAUUGCACAACCAAUCCACAGUACGAAUACAGUAAGGACUCGAGAAAUAGCCACCCCUUGCAGUUGUAGUAUUUUAUUUUCUGCGGUCUGAUUGAUGCAGCCAGGACUAAAGACGUCAUGAAGACAUUAAGGUCAAUGUGGAUAGGCUAGUCACAGAGCGAGCGGUGCGACAAUCACUCUAUCAGCCACCGCUCGGUAGACGGUGCUCCCAUCCGGCAUAAAGCCAAACGCACGUGAUCCCGGCCGGCGGAGGGUGCAAAAGCCACCGAAGACCAAUCGAGGUAGAAAUGUCUCUAUAUCGGAGUAGCAUCUGGUAUUUAAAAGGGCUCAAUGAAUACACAAGGGGUGCCUUUGAGUCUGCAGCCAAACGUUUUGUGGAGAAGGACUUGGAGGUGUCUGUGGCAGGGAGAUCCUUCAUGAUCACUGGUGCCAACAGUGGGAUCGGGAAGGCCGCGGCCAUCGUCAUCGCCAAGAGAGGUGGUACGAUCCAUAUGGUGUGCAGGAACAAAGACAAAGCUGAGGAGGCCAGGGCAGAGAUUGUCAAGGAAACUGGGAACAAAGACAUUUACAUCCAUAUCCUGGACUUGACAGAGACGCGAAAGGUGUGGGAAUUUGCGGAAGCUUUUAAGAAAAAAUUCAAAUCCCUCAACGUACUGAUCAACAAUGCUGGAAGCAUGCUUAUGCAGCGCGAGCUCAACGCAGAAGGUCUGGAAAAGAACUUUGCCUGCAACACCCUGGGGACGUACAUCCUCACCAAGAAUUUGAUUCCCCUUUUGGAGAAGAGCGGUGACCCCCGUGUGAUCAUGGUGUCCGCAGGAAUCAUGCUAGUGAAGAAGCUCCGUGUCGGGGACCUGCAGUCUGAGAGGGGCCGCUUUGAUGGAACCAUGGUCUACGCACAGAACAAGAGGCAGUUGGCGGUGAUGACGGAACAGCUGGCUAAGACCCACCCUGGCAUCCACUUCUCUCUCAUGCACCCCGGCUGGGUAGAUACCCCAGUGGCCGAAGCCAUGCCGGAUUUCCACCGAUCCAUGCGGAACAAGCUGCGGAGCCCGGAACAGGGAGCCGACACUGUGGUCUGGCUGGCCGUGUCCGAGGCCCCCGCCGCCGCCAAGCCUGCCGGCCUCUUCUUUCAGGACCGCAAGGUGAUCCCGACCCACUUGCCUCUGGCUUGGACCCACAGCUCGCUGGAGCAGAAGGAGAGGUUCAUGACUCUGCUGGAGGAGCUCGCCAAAUCCUUCCAGCCCCACUGAGUUGCUGGAUCCUCCGCUUGACCUGCGAACCCAGGACUGGAGAUGCCUUUUCCACAGCCGCAGAGCGUAGCAGCCACACUAAAAUCUCAUCGGGUUAUUUCCUAACAAAUCUUUAAAUCAUUUUUAUCCCUCAGUGUGUAACCCUGAGAGGGCUGGAUGACUAGGUGUUUCUCCAGUGUGAUCUUUACUGUUACUAACCAAAGACCACAGUGCAGAAGAGGAGCAUGACCACGAUGCUGUCAGUUUUUAUAAAGAAGGUGUAGAGGAGGUAUCUGAUCAAAGAGUAAAUCCCGGCAGGUUUAAGGCUGAGACACACAGCUUUUCUUUAUGACGGUCCGAUACGUGUUGGGGAUGCAGCAAGAGGAUUGUUUUUCAGAAUGAAACCAAAAUCGGAGGGCGAUUUGCAGCUGUGAAGGACACAGCAGGUCUCUCCUCGGCCGCGCGGCAGCUUGCACCGUCUCAGUGUUAGACCUGAAAGUCAGCUGGUGCCAAAUAAGAGUUUCCCAUCAGGCACUGCAAGCAAAACAAGUUAGAGACAGCAUUUUCAGAAAGCUGGACUCCAUGAUGUGAUUUUGGCAGGACAGUGAAUGUGCAAGCGAUGGUCAUCACCCACGGAGCAGCCAGGGCAUGUUUUCAUAUUAACAGCAUUACUAAAUGUGUGCAAAAAGCAUUUUAAUCAUGUACAAGUGUUUCUAAAGGACAUGUUGUGCCAUAACUAUGGUGUGGCUGGGAACCUGUAUCACUGUGAGCUGUCGCUACUUGCGUGGAAUAUAUUCAAUUGAAAUUAAAUUCACACAUUGACUGAUGUGA